GGUAACACUGGUACCGUAUUCCUAUCCUAUAUGUAUUGUAUAUUAAUGCUUCCCGCUCGGUGUAUACCUACAAUUUAUUAUUGAUUGGUAAAAAUGUUAAUAAUUUAAUACGCAUUCGCGAAUCCGUAUUAUCUUUGUUUGUAUAAGAACGAGCCCUAUUUACAUAUCGAUAUCGUAAAUCAAGCACUCGUCGGUAAUUACAUUGUGACGAAUUUAUUACUUGUCAUACCAACAACAAUGCCUGCAACAACUGUACAUAAGUUUAUAACAUUCGUAGGAUUAAUGUCGAUACUACAUGCGGCCUAUUCAGCUGCUCAACAUCGUUCAUAUUUACGAAUAACAGAACAAGAAUUUACCACUUUACCAAUCGACAUCUUAAUACAAGGCAUUGUCAGUUUAUUUAUGGUUAUGUACGGAGUGAUGUACAUAGCUGGUGAUUUCAAAGAAAUUCGAGCCGUGGUUGACUUGGAAAAUAAAUCUUGGGAAACUUUGCGAAAUCUUCCUUCGUUCCAAAUGUUCAACCAUCGUGGAAGGAGUUUAUUUUCACAACAUAUGCAAUAAAGUUUACAUUUAUACAGACCUAAUGUUAAGGAAGAUGUAAUACUAAUGCAAUGUUUUAAAAAAUAAUUGC